CCUCCUUUAAGAGGGUGUGGUUUGACUGGUGUUUUUACUACAGCAUGUUCAAGCAGUGCUGAACCAGGUCAGGAGUGGCAGGCGAAUCUUGGAUAGCUACAGUACCAUUCACCUUUACUACAAAACAAAACCUCAGGAGAAGAUGUGGGCUCAAUCAGAAAGCAGUUCAGAAGUUGAGGACAUGGACACCUCAGACAUGCCUGUUAUGACAGAUUACAAAACAAAUCCAUGGCAUUGGUUCUACCUGGACACGAGGGGAACGUGGCACAUGUUUGAGAAUGAUCACAUGGAAAGAAACUCUCUGACCAGUCAGGACAUUGAAAGGUAUUACACAAGAAAUCCAAAAGGAGUCUUACAGAUAUCCACAUCCAGAGGCAUCAACAAGCUGGAUUUCGCUGAGAUGGUUCUGACUGACAUCAAAACAAGGAAGCAGACGCCAAUCAAACGAUCCAACAACACUCACAACACUGGGAAUAGUGGAAGAUGCUCUUGUGUGAGUUCAGUGCCCACACACUGGGAAGCGGUGGACCCCAAAUACCCCUAUCAGGUGUUCUGUCUGAAGAGAGACACAGCUGAAUAUAAUUAUGUGGCAGGCUGCUUAAAGGAUGGGGAACUAGACAGACGCAUCAAAUCCAUCUGUAGAAUACAGAACCUGGACCUCUGGGAGUUUUACUGUAGGAAAAAGAUUCAGUUGGGAAGGAUUCAAGGUGUUACAGAGGUCAAGGAGGAGAAGCUGUUUCAUGGAACAAAAGUCAGCAACGUACACUCAAUUUGUACAUACAAUUUUGACAACAGGUUAGCUGGUAUCAACGGCCAUAUUCUUGGAAAAGGAACCUACUUUGCAAGAUUUGCCUCAUAUGCAGAUAAGUACAGUCCAUGGAACACUGAUCCAGUACCUCUGUUUGGUGAGGCACCACAAGGCUUCAGUAGCCAAAAGACCAAAACAAUGUUUCUGUGCAAGGUGAUAGUUGGGAAAACUACACUGGGAAAGACAGAUUACCUCAAGCCUGAUGACAAAAGUGCUAUCAACUUCCAUGACAGUUGUGUGGACAAUGUCAUGUAUCCCAGAAUUUUUGUCAUAUUUGAUCCCAAUCAGAUAUAUCCAGAGUACUUAAUUCAGUACUAUUGAAAUAAAGAUGGAGACCUACAAUGAGUUGCCAUGUGCAAUAUGA